GAGCGCCAGAGGAAGAGGAGUUUUCUGUGCGGCUUUGCUGAGGAGUCAGAGGAGAAAUCAAAUUUAACGUGAAGAAGGUGAUUUUUUUCAGAACUAUAUCGCCAUAUUUUAGAUUUUAUAAGGAGGAGGACGACGUACAGCGCCACUCGGCUCUCAGCGCGGCUCUGCGGCCAUCAUGGCGUCUACCAACGGGACCGGAGGCAGGCGAGAGGAGAAGGGCCGGAACAUCCAGGUGGUGGUCCGCUGCAGGCCUUUUAACACCAUGGAGCGAAAGUCGUCGCACGGCGUCAUCGACUGCGACCAGACCAGGAAGGAGGUUCUGGUCCGGACGGGAGGCCCCAACGACAAGUCCUCCAGGAAGACCUACACCUUCGACAUGGUUUUCGGUCCGGCCGCCAAGCAGAUCGACGUCUACCGGAGCGUCGUCUGUCCCAUCCUGGACGAGGUCAUCAUGGGAUACAACUGCACCGUGUUUGCCUAUGGCCAGACCGGCACCGGGAAGACGUUCACCAUGGAGGGGGAGAGGAGUCCAGACGAGCAGUUCACCUGGGAGGAGGACCCGCUGGCCGGCAUCAUCCCCAGGACGCUGCACCAGAUCUUCGAGAAGCUCUCUGAGAACGGCACCGAGUUCUCCGUCAAGGUGUCGCUGCUGGAGAUCUACAACGAGGAGCUGUUCGACCUCCUCAGCCCCACCGAGGACGUCAACGAGCGGCUGCAGCUCUUUGACGACCCCCGCAACAAGCGCAGCGUGGUGGUGAAGGGGCUGGAGGAGGUGGUGGUCCACAACAAGGACGAGGUCUACCAGAUCCUGGAGCGUGGAGCGGCCAAGAGGAGGACGGCCUCCACCCUGAUGAACGCCUACUCCAGCCGGUCCCACUCGGUGUUCUCCGUCACCAUUCACAUGAAGGAGAUCACGCUGGAGGGGGAGGAGCUGGUCAAGAUCGGCAAACUCAACCUGGUGGACCUCGCCGGCAGCGAGAACAUCGGCCGCUCCGGCGCCGUGGACAAGCGGGCCCGUGAGGCGGGGAACAUCAACCAGUCGCUGCUGACGCUGGGCCGCGUCAUAACCGCGCUGGUGGAGAAGAGGCCGCACGUCCCCUACAGAGAGUCCAAACUCACCAGGAUCCUCCAGGACUCCCUGGGCGGGCGCACCAAGACCUCCAUCAUCGCCACAGUGUCGCCGUCCUCCAGCAACCUGGAGGAGACGCUGAGCACGUUGGAGUACGCCUGCAGAGCCAAGAACAUCAUGAACAAGCCUGAGGUCAACCAGAAGCUCACCAAGAGGACCCUCAUCAAGGAAUACACGGAGGAGAUCGAGCGGCUGAAGCGGGACCUGGCGGCGACCCGAGACAAGAACGGGGUCUACCUGUCGUCAGAAAACUACGAGAGCAUGGUGACGCAGAUCACCGCCCACGACGAGCAGAUCACGGAGUACGUGGACAAGAUCUCCAUGAUGGAGGAGGAGCUCAAGAAGGUCACCGAUCUGUUCGUGGAGAGCAAAACGCGUCUGGAGCAGUGCGCCGUGGAUCUGGACGAGAAGCAGCAGAGGCUGGAGGAGACCAGCAGGCAUCUGGAGAAGACCAAGGAGAAGCUGGUCCAGGAGACGUUCAUCUGCUCGGAGCUCAGCUCGGUCCACGAAUCUCUGUACAAUGCCGCCGGACAGCUGCUGAGCACCGUGGAUGAGAGCACCAGCGACGUGACGGGUCUCCACGACAAGCUGGACCGCAAGAAGCAGGUGGAGCAGCACAACAUGCAGAUCCAGCAGAGCUUCUCUCAGCGGAUAGACAGGGCCUUCAGCACCAUGCAGCGCUGCAUCCAGAACCACGGCACCAAGCACAGCCACAUGCUGCACAGCUACUCCCACACCGUCGACGGACUCCUGGAGAAGAACGACGCGGCACUGAAGGGCGCCGUGGGUGCCGUGGAAACGCUGGUGGGCGGAGUCCAGUCGCUGGUGGGCACCGGCAUGGCGCGUGUUCAGGAGAAGGUGCAGCAGCACGAGGCGCUGAGCCAGGAGCACAAGGAGGGUCUGCUGCAGAUGCUGGACGAGCAUCAGCAGGAGAUGGAGGAGGUUCUGGCCACUCGGACUCUGUUGGGUCUGUCGGCCGUCAAAGAGCUCAGCGACACCCUGAAGUCGUCCGUGGAGUCGCAGCAAAUUCUGGCCGACCAGGUGGAGGCCAUGAAGGAGACCGGAGCGUUCCUGGGCGGCCUGGUUCUGGAGCUGGCGGGUCUACGGCAGGUGGCCGUGGACGGUCUGAGCGCGCUCCAGAACCAGCAGGAGAAGCUGGAGGCGGAGAUCCAGCGGGCCCAGGAGCGCCACCAGAAGGGGAUGAAGGAGACGGUGCUCCUCCUGCAGGAGCAGCUGCACCUGCUGACUGAGGAGGCCCAGCAGGACUACAGCCACCUGCGCUCAGCCACCAGAACCCUGCAGCCUGCGGCCCAGAACCUGCAGCAGAACCUCAGCAGCCUCUGCAGCUCCGUGGAGAACCGGGCCUCGUCCCAGGCGGACCUCCUCUGCUCCGCCUCCUCCUCCCUGGCCUCCUCGCUGCGUCAGACGGCCCAGGAGAACCAGAACCUGCUGCAGGAGAUGGACGGGUACUGCUCGGACCUCCACGGCGCCGUCUCAGGGCUGGUGGAGCGGGACCUGCAGUGGACCCUCAGAACCAGGGAGCAGGCCGACAGCCGGGCCCAGGAGCAGCUGGUUCUGAUGAGCCGGCUGUCAGAAGAUGCUCAGAGCCUCCAGCAGAACCUCCAGACCCGGUGCGCCGAGCAACUGCAGACAGCCGAGGAGGAGCUGAGUGGCCGGCAGGAGGAGACCCGGCGGGCUCUGCUGGACCUCCAGAACCAGACCUGCUCGGACCGGGAGAUUCUGACCCGGCAGCAGGCAGAGCUGCAGGAGCAGGUGGAGACGGGCCAGCGGCUGGUCCACAGCUUCCUGCAGGAGGAGCUGAAGCAGGACGUUCCCACCGGUCUGACGCCUCAGCGGCGGGCCUUUGUCUACCCCAGACAUCUGGACAAGUCGCGGAGCCGCAGCGAGCUGCUGGAGGCCCUGAGGAGGCAGCAGGAGGAGCUGCAGGCCGCCGUGGAGGAGGAGGAGCUGCUGCAGGAGGAGGAGGAGGCUGAAGAGGACGAGAAGCAGAGCCAGGACUCCCUGGAGGACGACGUCAGCACCUGCAACGACAGCCUGGCCACAGAACCGUCCUUUGUAGACGAGAACCUGGUGUUCAACGAGACCAAGAGGGUUCCCUUCUUCAAGAAGAAGAAAGGCGGUAAGAAGGAGGCCAAGGUCCAGUCCAGGUCCAAAGCGGCGGAGAACGAAGCCACUCCCCUGAAGUCCAGACUGCCGCUGCGCUGCCAGAACUGAACCAGAACCAGGAGUUUUCUCUUUACUAACGUUUUUACCGCCGUCUUUUAAAAUGUCCUGUAAAUAAAGAUUUCUGCUUGUUUUAUA